AUGAGAAGAAGAGCGGCGGCGGCGGCGGCUGCUGCUGCGCGUGUUCGUGGUCAUCUCACCUCGGGAAGAAGUAAACGAGAAGACCAACUCACGGGGAACUUUCAUCGCCUUUUUUUCAACAGUAACAAACGAAGAUUCCUGAACAACUUGCGUCCACUCGCGAGGGAAGGCGAGAACAGUAAUAAUGAAUUCGACGUCGUCGUCGUCGGUGGUGGUCACGCCGGCACCGAAGCCGCGGCUGCGGCGAACCGUCGAGGCAGUCGAGUCGCGCUGAUAACUCCACAACCCGUGAAAUCCAUCGGGGAAAUGUCCUGCAACCCAUCCAUUGGUGGUUUAGGCAAAGGCACUCUGGUGAGAGAAAUCGACGCGUUGGACGGAUUAAUGGCAAAGGCGGCAGAUCUGUCCGGAAUUCAAUUUCGAGUGUUGAAUUCGAGCAAAGGUAAAGCGGUCCGAGGUGUCCGCGCGCAGAUGGAUCGAGGGUUGUAUAAGAAACACAUGCAAAAGUUAGUGGGCGAGUUGCCGAACGUGACCGUGGUGGACGCCUGCGUGAGCGGGCUGUUGAUUGACGAGAGAGGAGAGGAAAAGAGUAGUAGUAGUAGUAGUAGUAGUAGAAAUAGUAGUAAUAAUACUAGUGAUAGGAGUGAUGUAAGUAAAACGUGCAAAGGAGUUCGAUUGGAAGAUGGGACGUCGGUGUUUGCCAAAGCGGUCGUGAUAACGACCGGGACGUUUCUGAGAGGCGUGCUUCACUUGGGAGGCGGCGAGAAAGUAUUUAACGCCGGGAGGAUAUCUUCCAACGUCACGGAACGGGCGGAUAAUUUAGCUUCGACGGCCUCGUCCUCGUUGGCGGAUUCGUUGUACGGGUUGAAUUUGAGAAUGGGAAGAUUACGAACCGGGACGCCGCCGAGGUUGAGAAAAUCCACCAUUGACUUUACUCGGUGCGAAGAGCAAAAAGGAGACGAUGUUCCGGAACCUUUUUCCUUUUAUAACUUAUCGUUAUCGUCUACAAAAAGACCUUGGAUGCCGUCGCAAGAGCAAGUAUCGUGCCACAGCACGAGCACGAAUGCGGAGACGGAAAAAAUGAUAAUGUCACAUCCAAACUACGCGGAUGAAAAUCUCGCGACUGGUCCGCGCUAUUGUCCAUCGAUCGAAUCAAAAGUCAGACGGUUUCCGAAUCGCGACCACGUUGUGUGGCUCGAACCCGAAGGAUUGACGAGUGAUAUCAUAUACCCAGCUGGUAUUUCGAAUUCACUUCCAAAAGGAACGCAGUUGGAUAUGCUCCGUUCGAUACCCGGUUUAGAAAACGUCGAAAUGCUUCGUCCGGGAUACGCUGUUGAAUACGAUUACGUCGAUCCGAGAGAACUCAGACGAACUUUAGAGGUUCAAAAAGUGAAAGGUUUAUAUCUCGCUGGGCAAAUUAACGGAACAACAGGGUACGAAGAAGCCGCCGCGCAAGGCGUCUUGGCUGGCGCCAACGCCGCCGACCGCGACUCUCCGCUCGAAUUGUCUCGAGACUCGAGUUACCUCGGCGUCUUAGCGGACGAUUUAACAACUCGAGGUGCAACAGAACCGUAUAGAAUGUUUUCGAGUCGAGUGGAGCGCCGAUUAUCAAUUCGUGGCGAUAACGCGGACAUUCGGUUAACGAAAAUCGGUCACAAAUGUGGACUCGUUUCGGAUGAGCGAUAUCAGUUCGCCACGGAGAGAGAAAAUCUGAGUAAAAGAGCGAUUCAUCUUUUGAAAAAUACAAAUGGAUUCCGGCAACAGGCAAAGCAGUGGAUACAUUUGGGGUGCAUGAGAUGUCCAGACGCUCGACACGGGCGUUUGAUUUCUCCGGCAGAGGUUAUUCAAAGCGGUGAGGAGAUUGGGAACAUCAUAAACGCGCUUUCGCAAAUGGUGUCCAACACGAAAGCGGAGAAAGAGAACAGCAUUUACGACGAAGAGAAAGAGACCGAAACUGCUUUACGCGAGCUUUUGGACAUAAGAGAAAGAGAUAUCUCGGCUUUAGAACUCGCCUCGACGGAUUUGUAUUACGAAAAUUACAUCAGGCGUCAAUCCAAAGACGUCUCGGACAUGAAGAAGGACGAAACGUUGAUCAUUCCAGAGGAUAUAAACUACGACGACGUGUUUGGAUUAUCCGCGGAGGACAAAGAGAAACUCGCGAGCGUUCGACCGGAAACGCUCGGUCACGCCGGUAGAAUUCAAGGCGUCUCGCAAAGCGCGAUGUUAAGUUUACUGCGAUAUUGCCAAAAGAAGGAUCGUUACGACGAACGCCAGAAGGAGAAGAAAGUGUUUAUCAAUAAAUAA